UUUACUUCGAAAUAUGUACUUUUUUAGAUCCUUUGCCGUGUUAUAGCAGUAGGCCUGCACUAUUUGUUCUCAGCGGCUUUCACUUGGAUGUGUAUAGAAGGGUUCCAUCUUUAUGUCAUGAUCGUUAGCGUGUUCAGCGCUGACAGCGUGAGAAUGAAAUACUACUACUUGAUUGGAUGGGGUGUUCCAGUCGUUAUUGUUGGAGUGGCAGCUUCAAUUCACCCAACAGGAUAUGGCACAAGCAAAGUAUGUUGGCUUUCGACAGAAGACCACUUUAUUUGGGUAUUUCUGGCGCCAGUUGUGGCUGUAAUUGUGAUCAACUUAAUUGUCCUCGCUGCAGUUAUGAAAGUGGUAACUGAUUCCGCGUCAGCAACAUUGACGCAAGCAGACUAUGGACACGUCAAGGCUGGAACGAAAAGCGUAGCAGUGUUAUUGCCUCUACUUGGAGUUUCCUGGGCGUUUGGGCUUCUGACUAUAAACAAAAAGACGAUAGCUUUUCAGUACAUAUUUGCCAUUGCUAAUAGCUUCCAGGGAGUGUUUAUCUUCUUGGCUCACUGUGUGGGAAGCAGCGAUGUCCGCUCGGCAUUCAAACGGAUGAGGCAAAGACAGCUGCUGUCUCGUGGUUCCGACAAUGCAUCGUCUAUUGCAGCUUCACAGGUGAACUUGGCUGGCUCAACAGCUAACAAUGCAAAGCAAGAUAAUACAGAAUUUAAAAGUGCUAAGAAACUUCAAGAGAAGAUGCGAUUUUCCUUACGCAGCGUUCCCAACACUAAAGUGGUUAAAGUGAAAGCAACGAAAGACAGAUUUGAGGCAGCCCAUUUACAAAUAAGCAGAACAUAUCAGAUGCCGCGCACGGAAAACCUUCGAGUCAAAGAUUGCUACGAAAUGCCAUUUCUCAACUGUCCACAGGAAGUUAUUUCGCGGACACACUCUCCUAAUCGAAGACGUUCGUCCAAGCCAAUGUAGUCAGCAAUAUGCUCGUCAAGAGGGACAUUCAUUUCAUGCAGCAAACUAAUCCGCGAAGAAGCUCAGUCAUUUACAUUAGAGAAUCACAUCGCUUUUAUAUACUUUGUGUAUAUAUAAUUUUUUCUUUUUCUUUUUUUCUUUUUUUUUUGCUUUUAUAGCUAUAGUAAUUAAUAAACGGACGAGUUUCUUUUGUUA